ACUGAUUACACAAUCGAUCAACAAUGGCGGUUUUGCUCAGACGCACAUCAUCAUCAACUUAUCGCAACCUCUCUCUUCUGCUUCGAACGACCCCUCUCCACUCUCGCCACUUCUCAUACUCAGUUUUCUCUCCGAAUCUCCGCAACUCUGCCACUACUCGCAGCCUUCCGAAUUCGCCAGCGAUCAAUUUCCUCCUUGAGAGCCGCAGAGGGUUUGCCAAAGGAAGGAAGCCAAAUAAAGAAGAAGAAGAAGAUUAUGAUGAUAAGGGGAACAGUGUUGGAACUGUGAAUAUUGGUCCUAGUGUUAAGUCAGCUACUGUCUCACAGAUGGAGGCCGCACUUGAGGCAUUGUCACGAGAACUGAGGAAAUUGCGAACUGGAAGGGCAUCGGCUGGUAUGUCGCUGAGUUUGGCUGUCAUUUACGUGCUUUUGAUUUUGGCAAUGGAGUUCGUUGACUCGAAUGUUGGUGAUAUUCAAUUUGCAGGAAUGCUUGACCACAUUAUUGUAGAAACUGGUGGAGUGAAGAUGCCCCUUAGCAGGAUUGCUGUUGUUUCAGUGCUAGAUUCAAAAACCCUUUCAGUUACUCCUUAUGAUCCAAAUGCCCUAAAAGAAUUAGAGAAAGCAAUUAUCUCAUCUCCAUUGGGUAUAAAUCCUAAGAGCGACAACCAACGACUUAUUGCAGCUAUUCCUCCAUUGACAAAGGAGCAUAUGCAGGCUGUGUGUAAAGUGGUGGCUAAAUCAUCUGAAGAUGUGAAGCAAAGUAUAAGAAGAACUCGCCAAAAGGCAUUGGACACAAUUAAGAAAGCUCUGCCCAAGAAGAAGGACAAAGAUAAAGCAGGUUCAAGUUUUUCAGGAGACGAUGCAAAAAGAUUGGAAAAAGAAAUCGAUGAUUUGACCAAGAAGUUUAUCAAAUCAGCAGAAGAUAUGUGCAAGGCAAAGGAAAAGGAAAUCACUCAAGGCUGAGCAUCAGUCUUCUGGUAUUCCAGAUUUUUCAUGAAACCCUCCUUUUGUCUCUUUUUGAGGACCUUAACAAAUCUUCAGAUGAGAGAGAAAACAGCAUAUCAGAAGUAGAAUUGUUGUAGCCAACCCCAAAUAGUUGGGAUAAGGAUUUUUUGAGUUGAGUUAAAGAAAAAGAAGCAUAGCGUAACAGUGAGGUGAAUGUAUGUUUUUGAGGGUGAAAUGGGAGUUAUCAGGUGUGAAGUUAUUAACCCCAAUACGCAUCAUAUCUGCUGCAAAUAUUUGGUAUGCUGCUAGUGUAAUGAACCCCAUUCAUUUGCUUGGGAAUAAGAUCCUGCUGGGCCUUGCUGCUG